AUGAGUGGAUACAAUCGCGCUGAAGUCAUGCAAAAAUCAUGCCGGUGCACGUGGAUGUAUGGGGAGCUGACGGAGAAGGAGGCGGUGGAGCGCGUGGACCGCGCGCUCGACCAUCACCUAGCCGACCAGUUCGAGAUACUACUCUACAAGAAAAAUCGCACGCCGCUGUGGCUGCUGGUGCAUGUGGCGCCCAUCCGCAACGAGCGCGAGCUGGUGGUGCUCUUCCUGCUCACCUUCCGCGACAUAACCGCGCUCAAGCAGCCCAUCGACGCCGACGACCCCAAAGGAGGUCUAUCGAAGUUCGCCAAGCUGGCGCGCAGCGUGACGCGCUCGCGCUCGGUGCUGGUGUCGGCGCUGCCCGCGCUCAAGGAGCCGGCGCGCCAGAGCCAGCUCGCGCAUGUCAGUACCAACGCACACCAUGUGAUGUCCCUGUCGGGCGACGUGCUGCCGCAGUACCGCCAGGAGGCUCCCAAGACGCCGCCUCACAUCUUGCUCCACUACUGCGCAUUCAAGGCAAUCUGGGACUGGAUAAUCCUCUGCCUGACGUUUUACACCGCAAUCAUGGUCCCGUACAACGUCGCUUUUAAAAACAAAACUAGCGAAGACGUAUCGCUCCUAGUCAUUGACUCAAUAGUCGACGUAGUGUUUUUUAUAGAUAUUGUACUCAACUUUCACACUACGUUCGUUGGACCAGGAGGCGAGGUCGUCAGUGACCCAAAAGUUAUACGAAAGAACUAUUUCAAAUCAUGGUUUCUAAUUGACCUCCUUUCAUGUCUACCCUACGAUGUCUUCAACGCGUUCGACCACGACGAAGAUGGUAUAGGAAGUUUAUUCAGCGCGCUGAAGGUAGUGCGGCUGCUGCGGCUGGGGCGCGUGGUGCGCAAGCUGGACCGCUACCUCGAGUACGGCGCGGCGAUGCUCAUCUUGCUGCUGUGCUUCUACAUGUUGGUAGCACACUGGCUGGCGUGCGUGUGGUACAGCAUCGGCCGCUCCGACGCCGACUCCGGCCUGCAGUACUCAUGGCUAUGGAAGCUCGCCAACGUCACUCAGAGUCCAUACUCGUAUGUCUGGUCUAACGAGUCCGACGGGCCCGAGCUCGUGAACGGGCCCUCGCGCAAGACGAUGUAUGUCACCGCACUCUACUUCACCAUGACCUGCAUGACCUCCGUGGGCUUCGGCAACGUCGCCGCCGAGACCGAUAACGAGAAGAUCUUCACCAUCUGCAUGAUGAUCGUAGCAGCUCUGCUAUACGCGACGAUAUUUGGACACGUGACCACCAUCAUCCAGCAGAUGACAUCCGCUACCGCAAAGUAUCACGACAUGCUUAACAAUGUGCGAGAGUUCAUGAAGCUCCACGAGGUGCCGAAAGCGCUUAGCGAGCGCGUCAUGGACUACGUCGUGUCCACGUGGGCCAUGACUAAGGGCCUCGACACGGACAAGGUGCUGAACUAUUGCCCGAAAGAUAUGAAGGCUGACAUCUGCGUACAUCUCAACCGCAAAGUGUUCAAUGAGCACCCGGCGUUCCGGCUGGCUUCAGAUGGUUGUCUGAGAGCACUGGCCAUGCAUUUUCAUAUGUCGCACUCAGCGCCUGGCGAUCUUCUCUAUCACACCGGCGAGUCUAUCGACUCACUGUGCUUCAUCGUCACAGGCAGUCUUGAGGUUAUCCAGGAUGACGAGGUCGUGGCAAUACUCGGCAAGGGGGACGUUUUUGGGGAUUCUUUUUGGAAGGACAGUGCCGUGGGACAGUCGGCGGCAAAUGUGCGCGCUCUCACCUACUGUGACCUCCAUACUAUCAAGCGCGAUCGUCUGCUCGAGGUUCUGGAUUUCUACCAGGCAUUCGCGAAUAGUUUCGCCAGAAAUCUUACUUUGACCUACAACUUGCGACAUCGAUUAAUAUUCAGAAAGGUGGCGGACGUGAGGCGCGAGCGUGAGCUGAUGGAGCGGCGCAAGCGCGAGCCGCAGCUGGAGCAGGCGCAGGACCACCUCGUGCGUAAGAUCUUCUCUCGCUUCCGGCGCGAGCGUAGCGUGGCGGCGACGCCCGCGCCUGCGCCCGCGCGCGCCCCCGCGACGGACCCCGAGCGCGGCGACGGUUCCACCGCAACGAGCGCCUCCAACGGCGGCUCGGAGGAGAGCAAGGCCCCGGCGGGCGGCGGGGCGGGGGCGGGCGGCGCGGCGGCGGCGCGCGGCAAGUGGGGGCGGCUGCUGGCGGGCGGCUCGCUGGACGCGGGCGACGCGCCGCGCACAGCCUUCACGCGCUCGCUCAGCGCCCGCGACCGCCCCGCGCCGCCCGACUCCACCGCUUCUACGGCACUUUCCUUAAAGACUGCCUUCGGUCGAGGUCGGGCCGGUAGCGUGCUGGGGGCUGCGGCGCGGCGCGAGCCCAUCGAUGAAGAGGGGGAUGAAAAAAAAGCCAGUGCUACCUCCCCUACCCCCGUCCCCCCCGCGCCCACGACGCCCGCCCCGCCGGCGCCGGCGCCCGCGCCGCCCCCUGCGCCCGCCGCCGCCGCGCCCGCGCCCUCGGCGCACGACGCGGCGCUGGCGGAGCUGCGACGCGACGUGCGGAACGAAGUACAACGACUUCAGCAAAAAUUGGGUCGAGUCGAAGAGUUGCUUACGUUGUUAGCGGCGCGGCUUGGGGCCGACCCUGGCGACGCACCCGAUGCCGUCGAGCGGACCGAGCGGACUGAGCGUACCGACCGCUCUGAUCGAACUGAGCGAACCGACCGUUCCGAGCGGACAGACCGGACCGAACGAAUCGAGCGCCCCGACCGCGUUGAACGGACGGACCGAGCCGACAGAACGGAUUCCACCGCCGUUGCAAGAAAACGACGCACUAAAGCCCGGAGUAAAGGCGCCGCUCCGCAGGUGCCGACUCCGACCACGCCGGGCGAGUCCCCCGGCAGCCCGGCGGCGCCCGCGGGCGCGGGUCGCGCCGGUGGCGGGGGCGGCGGCGCGGCGGCGCGAGUUCGUGUAGCGCGCGGCGGCGGGAGGCGCGCCACACUAGCGCGGGCCCCCCGCCCUCGCCCGGCGCACGGGCUACGACGUCUAAAGUAUCCAUAUGACCUAACCCUAUACCCGUGUGCGCCCGCCCGAGGGCGCCGCGAGCUCACGCUCGGCGACCGAGUAAAGAUUCGUAUUUAUUGUAAUGUAGAGACUCAUCCUAAGACAUAUCUAAGUGAACUGGCGCAAUACUAUCUUAACGUAACGGAAGGCCGGAGCCGGACGGGCGCCGCGCUCGUGCGGCUCCGGCGCGCCUCUUGU